AAUGUCAUUUUUUCUUCUCUCGUUUUCGCGUUUGGCGACGCGGCUUCGGCUUUAGUAAUUUAUAAAUAUCUCAAAAACAUUUAGUUUUAUGUACAAAGAACCAUCAGUCUCAAGACUAUGGAUACACCAACUACUGGGACUAGUUCGCCUGGUCUCAUAGGUACAGCGCCGCUUAUCCCUCCGCCAAUGCUUGGAGGUUUACCACCAACUAUGCCACCCUCAGUGGCUAUGCCGCCUGUACCCGGUCUACCACCAAACAUGGCAGCAAUUCCACCCCCAAUGGGUUUCCCGCCUAUGAUUCCACCAUUUUCUAUGCCCCCACCAGGUUUUCCAACAUUCAAACCACCUGACUUCACGCCAGAUCUGAAUGCUCCAGCCCCAGAUGUAGCACCAAUAGCCAAUCAAAGCAGUCCAUGGUCAGAACAUAAAGCACCAGAUGGUCGUACUUACUAUUAUAACUCUGUAACUAAACAAAGCCUAUGGGAAAAACCAGAUGACCUUAAGACUCCUGCAGAAAAACUGCUGUCGUCUUGUGUUUGGAAAGAGUAUACCACAGAUGCAGGCAGAGUAUACUAUCACAACAUAGAGACAAAGGAAUCUAGUUGGGUGGUGCCUAAAGAACUUCAAGAAAUUAAAGAUAAAAUAGCUGCUGAAGAAGCUGCUCAAGCUGCUUUAAGUGCCGAUAUUACCCCUGGUGACGUGCCACUCCCAGGAUCCCCAUCCAUUCCAGGAACCGGUGGCAGCUCUGCUCUUGAUGAAGCUAUGGCUAAGACUCUAGCAGCAAUCGAUCCAUCUCUUGCUAACUCAAUUCCUAUUCCUGAAGAAAUCAAACCUGAAGAGAUCAUAGCACCGCCUCAAACAGGUAAUGACAGUGAAAAGGCACCUGAAACACAAUACAAAGAUAAAAGAGAAGCCAUAGAAGCAUUCAAGGAACUUUUGCGGGAUAGGAAUGUCCCAUCAAACGCAACAUGGGAGCAAUGCGUUAAAAUUAUAUCAAAAGAUCCUCGUUAUCUUACAUUCAAAAAGCUCAAUGAGAAAAAACAGGCUUUCAACGCUUACAAAACUCAAAAACUAAAAGAUGAAAGAGAGGAGCAAAGAUUGAAAACAAAGAAGAAUCGUGAAAACCUGGAAGAAUUUUUGCUAAGCUGUGAACGUGUUACAUCCUUAACCAAAUACUACAAGUGUGAAGAAAUGUUUAGUAAUCUUGAGAUAUGGAAAUGCGUGCCUGAUUCCGACAGGAGGGACAUAUUUGAAGAUUGCAUAUUUACAAUAGCGAAACGCGAGAAAGAAGAAGCUAAAGCGCUGAAGAAACGCAACAUGAAAAUGUUAUCACAGGUCUUAGAAAACAUGAAUGAAAUAUCAUACAGCAGUACAUGGAGUGAAGCUCAAGUGUUACUUUUAGAAAACUCUUCAUUCAAAAACGACGUGAGUUUAUUAGGAAUGGAUAAAGAAGAUGCACUUAUUGUAUUCGAACAGCACAUUAGAAAUUUGGAAGCUGAAUAUUUACAGGAGAAAGAACAACUGAAAAAGCGGAAUAAGCGACAACAAAGGAAAAACAGAGACAACUUUCUGGCCCUCCUAGAAGGAUUACACGAAGAAGGGAAAUUAACAUCAAUGUCUCUAUGGGUAGAAUUAUAUCCAGUAAUUUCUGCAGACAUGCGAUUCUCAGCUAUGUUAGGGCAAAACGGUUCCACACCCCUGGAUCUCUUCAAAUUUUACGUGGAAAACUUGAAAGCGCGAUUCCAUGACGAAAAGAAAGUUAUCAAAGAGAUACUUAAAGAGAAAGAAUUUGAUGUGAAACCGGACACAACGUUUGAGGAGUUCGCCACUGUCGUAUGUGAAGAUAGCAAGUCCGCGUCUUUGGAUGCUGGAAACGUGAAACUCACAUAUAACUCGUUACUUGAAAAGGCUGAAGCAAGAAAUAAAGAGAAAAUAAAGGAAGAAUCUAAGGCACAGAAGAAAAUAGAAAGUGCUUUCAAAUGGGCGUUAACAGACGCUAACAUUGACCAUCAGCUGUCCUGGAGUGAAGCAAAAGAGAAAUUAGACCUCGCAGCACCUGAGUUUACAGCUGUUCCCAAUGAAGAAGAUCGAAUAAGGAUAUAUAAAGUAUGUAUUAUUAAUGACUUUUUUAUUAAAUUCAUUUAUUUAAUACUAGAUUUCCACCAGAGGCGUCUCCUGCUUUUUCUUGUAAUAUGUAUAAAUUUCUUCUUGUAUAAAUUUGACAACUUUCUUUUUAUUCAAAUAAAUAGUCCAUUAAUAUCUGAGAAAUAAUGUAGAAGUAACAGCAUGUAUGCAAUUAAUAAUUUCUGAGAUGCUGUGCUAUGAUUGUGGAACUGCUGUUAUUCGGCCUAAGACGCUACCUACAAAUUCAAGGCACUAAGUGAUGUCACACAAUGCAACGGUAGCGAAAUACAUAUGGGCUUCUGGGCAAUUUUUGUAAUAUCUUAUUUAUUUGUGCGUUUAUAGCUGUUAUAAUGAAAGUUGUAAAAUUUUAAGUAACUCAUUUAUUGCCAUAUGUAUAAUAUAAAAAAAAAUUGUAAGUUUUCAAAGUGUAAUAUUCUCUAAAUUAUUGUCAUAAAAUUUGUUUAUGUUAAAUAUUUAUACGUUUAAAUGGUUCAUAUUUUCUGAACAUGUAACAGAAUCCUGUAUUUUCACUUGUAGCACACAAGCCAAUUCACCAUAUCGCACUAUAUUAAAUCAGCGCGAGUCUCAUUUUCUUCUUUUUAAUUAAUGGCGUUGCCCUUGUGGAUUUCGCCGGA